AUGGGCAGUACCCUGGAACUCGUCCGGGGUGAGCUGUUUGUCCCCGAUUUCGUCCAACAGCUGGAUGCAAACCCGGAUAUUCUGAACGUCAGAAAUGGCGUGCUCCUUCUGAGAACGGGCAUGCUCGAUGCGCACAGGCCCGAGUACAUGUGCUCAAAGAUUGCAGAGACGGACUUCAUGGGGAUCGAGUACCCAGCUCCGCUCGUUGAUGCUUUUCUAGGCGACAUCUUCAACCACGACUCUGAGCUGGUGGACUACGUUCGGAAGCUGUAUGGCUAUGCUCUAAAUGGUCAUACCCGAGAAGAGAUCUUCGUGCUCUUGCUCGGAGCUGGAGGUGAGCACUUGCUUGAUUGAGGGUUGCAGCAGUCCGUCAAGACGCAAAGCGCCAGCCAGAGCCCCCCAUGCUGACGUCAUCCGCAAGGAGUUCCGAUAUCUUUAGCAAAAGCUUGAACACUUGGUUAGCCGCUGGUAUGCGGUCGGUCUUGGGGGCUUGUCCAAGUGUCCGAGGUCUUCCGGAACAUUGUUUGGGUGUAGUUGCUGACGUCAUCAGAAAGAAGUCCUGAU